AUGUCGCCCUCGCGCUUGGAUCGACUAGCAAACACUGUGUGCGGUGCGCUCUUGAUCUCACUGCCGCUGCUUCGGCUGCCAGUUCAAGUCUCCGCUUGGCAGUUUCCCGACGAUCUCGUAUCUGGAUGGGCGACUCUCACGCACUACGAUCUGCCUGACGACUACAUCGCAUCCUGCGGCUGUGUGGGUCGAUCAACUCGCCAUCCGACCGCAGCGAUCAACAGCUUAGUGUAUGGCUCCAACGGCUCUUUUGGACCGGCUUGCGGGCUGUGUGCUGAGCUCCGACUACUGAACACGCCACUUGCGCCGCUUCCUCCAGAAGGCGAUGGAGUGGAUCUCGGCAGCGAUGGGCCCUCUGUUGUGGUAAAGGUGACCGACAAGUGCCCUGGCACAGACUGGUGCGGUGCAACGAGCGACAAACCAAACAAGCUGGGCGCCUACGUGCACUGGGACUUGGCGUGGCCAAGCAAGGGCAUCGCAAAAGACUUCUUUCCAGGAGAUCACGACUAUGGGUGAGUCGUGGAUCAUCGACGAUCGCCAUGAGCGCUGAUCACUCACUACGCCACUUUAUGGUGUCGUGAAAAACAGCGUGUGGAAUGUCAGCUACAGGCUCGUAUCUUGUUCGCGAUGGGCCGGCUCCAACGAUCCAGCGGCUUUGGGUUCGGAUUGGGCACAAGAAUCGAGCGCCUGUUGUCCUAGCGAUCCCGAUCUGUACAGUCUCAUUUCCGCAACCGCACCUGCACCAACGUCAGAUGCGCCGACCCCCGUGGCCUCACCAUCGGCAUCAACAUCGAGCUCGAACAGCACACUCGCUCAAAGCCAGGCCUUGCUCACAAAUUCUAGCUCCUCGAGCCCUAACCGGAGCUCGACCUUAACACGCAGCUCAACAUCCGCGCCGCUCAGUACUUCCUUGCAAGGACGAGCCCAGCACGUUCUUGCGCACCACGAUCAUCAUCUACAGCUGCAUCACGCUCACCAACACCUGUGCACAGAAGGGGCGGACGCGGGGUCAGAAGCUGCUCAGCAGCCCAAAGCAGCUCUCGCUCGUCGAGCAGCCGACGUGACACCGGAAGAAGGUCGUCGAGCGGUUUGUCCCUCCUACGACAGCGUGGCGACAAGCGGCGAAGGUUUCGGCGUCGUGCCCAACACUUCGAAUCCGCUGAGCAACCGCAUCAAGCAGUGGAAUUCUGCUGCGCAGGAUGCCCCUUCCAUACCCUGGUGGAGCUGGAGCGCUUUGGCUGGCGCUUGGAGCCUUUGGGAUGCUCUACCCCCUCUUGCAGCUUCUGCUCAGGUGCUUCCUGAGCAAGCUCGCUAUGACAUUGAACCAUUGAUGGAUGAGGACCCACCACUUCUUAUGUCGACCGAUGCGGCAUAG